AUGACUUUCAGAACCAAACACUUGAAAGGAAUCGAUUGUCUUUAUAUUCAUUCAUCAUGUUUAAUACAGGAUUUUUAUACUAAUGAUGAGAAAGCACCAGAGAUGAGAGCUGCACCAGUACCAAGGUGUUUGCUAUCAUCAUUAGAGUAUGUAGAGAUAAAAAAUUUCAACGGAAGGCCUGCAAGAAUGGAAGUAGCAAAGUACUUUGUAGAGAACUCACUGGUCCUUAAAAGACUUGUUCUUGAUAUUGGCUACUCCACCUGGGCAAAAGGGUGUCACAUCACAGAAGAAGAGUUUUACAUGUUGAGGGAUCUCCUUGCAUUGCCCAGGGGAUCUAGAACGUGUCAAAUCCUACUUAAAUGA